AUGACGGAAACCGUCAGGUUAGACGACGACUACAACGUUUUCUACAGCGUCGUCACCUCCGCCUCCGACGAAGCCGAGCCGUUCGCCCCUUCGAUCUAUCAAGGCGCGGCGGGAGAGGCAGGAACCGCCGUUCAUAAUAUUGUUGCGGAAGGGGAAACCGCCACGUGGGCAAAUCUUACUCGUCCACUGCCUCCCCCGCCCAAGGGCAAAAAGAACAAGGGCACACCGCCCACCCCGCCUCCUCCGAAGUACACUUAUGCCACAAACGGGACGUGGCUUAAAGCGAGCACGCUGUCCACGAUCGGCGGGCAGACACUGAAGGAGCUGGUGGAUGCGAUUAUCGCGACGCCGGACGGGUACUGUGCGACAUUCGCGACCACUGAUUUUGAGUCGUGUGUGACACGGGGGCAGUUUCAGUCGGACCCGCUUCCGCCGCCCCCUAAGGGCAAGAAGGGCGGGAAGGAUGGCGGGAAGAAGGGCGGAGGCAAGAAUGGAGGGGGCAAGAAUGGAGGGGGCAAGAAUGGAGGGGGCAAGAAUGGAGGGGGCAAGAAUGGAGGGGGCAAGAAUGGAGGGGGCAAGAAUGGAGGGGGCAAGAAUGGAGGGGGCAAGAAUGGAGGGGGCAAGAAUGGAGGGGGCAAGAAUGGAGGGGGCAAGAAUGGAGGGGGCAAGAAUGGAGGGGGCAAGAAUGGAGGGGGCAAGAAUGGAGGGGGCAAGAAUGGAGGGGGCAAGAAUGGAGGGGGCAAGAAUGGAGGGGGCAAGAAUGGAGGGGGCAAGAAUGGAGGGGGCAAGAAUGGAGGGGGCAAGAAUGGAGGGGGCAAGAAUGGAGGGGGCAAGAAUGGAGGGGGCAAGAAUGGAGGGGGCAAGAAUGGAGGGGGCAAGAAUGGAGGGGGCAAGAAUGGAGGGGGCAAGAAUGGAGGGGGCAAGAAUGGAGGGGGCAAGAAUGGAGGGGGCAAGAAUGGAGGGGGCAAGAAUGGAGGGGGCAAGAAUGGAGGGGGCAAGAAUGGAGGGGGCAAGAAUGGAGGGGGCAAGAAUGGAGGGGGCAAGAAUGGAGGGGGCAAGAAUGGAGGGGGCAAGAAUGGAGGGGGCAAGAAUGGAGGGGAUUCGUUCGUCGCUCCCAUCGCUGUGUUGGAAGCGCGUGUCAACGGCUCCGAUGCUGACCUCAGCGGUGACGUCAACGCCACAGGCUGCAUUUCCCUCGCCGUCUUUCAGAGCGCCACAGCUAACGACUACGACAUUACUUACUCCGUGCGCGUGAAUCUAACCGACUCUGGAGAGCCCACCAGCAUCAUCAUCAAGAAAGGUGCUGACAUGGCACUCGCCAUGGACACCAGCGACGCCACCACUUUGACGGCGGACAACGGGCAGACGUACAAGGAGCUGGUGGAUGCCAUGCUGACUGCUCCUGACGCUUACUCGGCUCUCGUCACCAAGAUGUUCGAGGCUGGUGCAGCGAGUGGUGCUUUCCUCAAAUUCACCAAGGCGAUUCUCGCCGCGCGGCUGAACGGAUCCAACGUGGUUGGGGCCACCGGCGACGCCAACGCCACCGGGCGAGUCUGCCUCGCCGUCUUCGAAAAAGACGGCGACUACAACGUCUUCUAUAGUGUCGUCACAUCCACCUCCGACGCCGACGAGCCGUACGCCGCUUCGAUCUAUCAAGGCGCAGCGGGAGAGGCGGGAACCGCUGUUCAUAAUACUGUCGCGGCAGGAGAAACCGCCACGUGGGCGAAUCUUACUCGUCCGCCGCCUCCCCCGCCCAAGAGCAAGAAGAACAAGGGCACACCGCCCCCUCCACCGCCUCCCAAGUAUACUUAUGGCACUAACGCGACGUGGCUUACAGCGAGUACAGUGUCCACGAUCGGCGGGCAGACACUGAAGGAGCUGGUGGAUGCAAUUAUCGCGAAUCCGGAUGGUUACUUCGCGUCGUUCGCGACGCUUGCUUUCGAGUCGGGUGCAGCGCGGGGGCAGUUUCAGUCGGACCCGCUUCCACCGCCGCCUAAGGGCAAGAAGGGCGGGAAGGAUGGUGGGAAGAAGGGCGGGAAGGAUGGCGGGAAGAAUGGUGGUGGAAAGAAUGGCGGCGGCAAGACCGAUGGCGAUCGGUUCGGCACUCUCGUUGGUGCGGUCGCAGCGCGCGUCAACGGCUCUAACGUUGACCUCCAAGCUGAUGUCAACGCCACGGGAUGCGUUGACCUCGCCAUCUUCUUAAACGCCUUAACUAACGACUACGACAUUUAUUACCACGUCCGCGUCAGUCUGAAUGACUCUGGGGAGCCCACUGGUGUCGUCAUAGAAAUUGGCGCUGACGUGGCACUCACCGUGACCACCAGCGACGCCAAGUGGACCAAUCGCACGCUCACAGAUGCCGAGCGCGCCAAGCUGGGCGGUAAACUGUCUCCCAAGGGCAAGAAGGGCAAGCAGCCGCCUCCCCCUCCCCCUCCCCUCGGCUACAACUACGAAACCACCGGCACUUGGCUAAGCGCCAGUACUUUGACGGCGGAUAACGGGCAGACGUAUAAGGAGCUGGCGGAUGCCAUGCUGGCUGCCCCUGACGCUUACUCUGCUCUCGUCUACACCCAGGCGUUCGAGGCCGGUGCAGCGAGUGGUGCUUUCGCUAAUAUUAAGCUGGCAGGAGGGAUGGGGACCCAGAAAGGCGACAUCGGCAAGGUCUUUCUGGGUCGCCGUGAUAUAACCGCAGGUUGA